CCUCCGCGCAUGUAAACAGAGCCGCGGAGGGGCCGCAGCUCCAUGUGCCGCUCGCCGACGAGGGGCGGCUUAAGGGCCCCGAGCUGUGCCGCAUCCGCCCGGGCCCGUCCGUGCAGAACUGAGCGGUCCCCGGAGCGGGGGUAGCUGUGCUGGGGAGCAGUGUUGCCUAGAGGGGAGGGCACAGAGUCUGUGAGUGUAGCGUCGAGGGUCCUCUCGAAUCAGCGGUGCUGUGGGGAGCGGCCACGAAAGGGGCCGGGCGAGCCUGAGGUCCGGGGCGAGGGGCCACGCACAAAGGCGGCCGUGUGCUGGGCCGAGAAAGGGGAGCUGAGGGCUGGGGCCUGGCCAGGAAGCAGCGCUCCGGGAGGGCGCUUGGGUAGCCAUAACGAGUAGUGCUCUCCAGGCCGUGUUCAGCGCCGAGCCCGGGCAACGGCCUGAGGGCGGCGCGGGGGCCGAGGCGGUACUGACCGGACCCGGCCUCAGCCCUCGGUAGGGGUAACUGCCAGAGACUCUUCCGCCCUGCCCACCUCCCUAACAGCUGCCCGGCAGGUGGGAAAGCAUUGCCCGUGGGCCGCCCCGGUGGCACCAGGCCCUUCCCGGGGGUCCAGCCCCGACGCCCCCUCACAAAGGCGCGUGACUGGGCGGGGCGGCCGCGCCCCCUCCCCCCGCCCAGGCCGGGGCGGACUCUUUUUCUCUCGCUGUCGAGCUCCUUGCCCCCCCCGCCCCCCUCCCGGCGGAGGCGCACGUCCCGUUCAGAGGCGCUCGGCGGCCCAGCGGCUGUUGGAUUGUUCAGAGAGCGGCAGAGCGGCGGCGAGCGGCCCCUGGCCCGGGCCAUGGCCGAGUUCCUGCCCCCGCCCGAGUGCCCUGUCUUCGAGCCCAGCUGGGAGGAGUUCGCCGACCCCUUCGCCUUCAUCCACAAGAUCCGGCCCAUCGCCGAGCAGACCGGCAUCUGCAAGGUGCGGCCGCCGCCGGACUGGCAGCCUCCAUUUGCUUGCGACGUUGAUAAGCUUCACUUUACACCGAGGAUCCAGAGGCUCAAUGAACUAGAGGCCCAGACUCGUGUAAAGCUGAAUUUUCUGGACCAGAUUGCCAAGUUUUGGGAGCUCCAGGGAUGCACACUGAAAAUUCCACAUGUGGAGAGGAAGAUCUUGGAUUUAUUUCAGCUUAACAGACUAGUUGCAGAAGAAGGAGGAUUUGAUGUGGUUUGCAAGGAGAGAAAAUGGACCAAAAUAGCCACCAGGAUGGGCUUUGCCCCGGGCAAAGCUGUGGGCUCGCACAUCCGUGCACACUACGAGCGCAUCCUCUACCCUUACAACUUGUUCCAGUCUGGAGCAAGCCUCUUGUGCCUGCAGAAGCCAGAGCUGAGCAGUGACACCAAGGACAAGGAGUACAAGCCCCACGACAUUCCCCAGCGGCAGUCGGUGCAGCCCUCCGAGACCUGCCCCCCGGCUCGGCGAGCCAAGCGCCUGCGAGCAGAGGCAACCAACAUCAAAGCUGAAUCUGACCCUGCAGAAGGCAGAACUCAUAACCUGAGGCGCAGAAUGGGAUGUGCACCUCCAAAGUGUGAAAAUGAAAAGGAACUGCACAGCACAGUGAAGCCUGCUGAGAAGAAGGAGCAUGCAGGGGAGCCAGAGAAAGACAAAGCCAAGCUCCGGUCCAAGAAGCCCACUAAUGCUGUGGAUCUCUACGUGUGUCUGCUGUGCGGCAGUGGUAACGACGAGGAUCGGCUGCUGCUGUGCGAUGGCUGUGACGACAGCUACCACACCUUCUGCCUCAUCCCGCCCCUGCACGACGUGCCCAAGGGGGACUGGAGGUGUCCACAGUGCUUGGCUCAGGAGUGCAGCAAGCCUCAAGAAGCAUUUGGCUUUGAGCAAGCAGCCAGAGACUACACCCUGCGCACCUUCGGGGAGAUGGCAGACGCCUUCAAGUCAGACUACUUCAACAUGCCAGUGCACAUGGUCCCCACCGAGCUGGUUGAAAAGGAGUUCUGGAGACUUGUCAGUACCAUUGAAGAGGAUGUGACAGUAGAAUAUGGAGCUGAUAUUGCUUCAAAGGAGUUUGGCAGUGGCUUCCCAGUCAGGGGAGGGAAAUUCAAAGUUAGAGCAGAUGAAGAGGACUACCUUGACAGUGGCUGGAAUUUAAACAACAUGCCUGUGAUGGAGCAGUCUGUUCUUGCUCACAUCACUGCAGACAUCUGUGGGAUGAAGCUGCCCUGGCUCUACGUAGGGAUGUGCUUUUCUUCCUUCUGCUGGCACAUAGAAGACCACUGGAGCUACUCCAUUAACUAUCUGCAUUGGGGGGAGCCUAAAACCUGGUAUGGAGCCCCAGGGUAUGCAGCUGAACAGCUGGAGGAUGUAAUGAAGAAGCUUGCUCCAGAGCUCUUUGAAUCUCAGCCAGAUCUCUUGCACCAACUUGUCACCAUAAUGAACCCGAAUACUUUGAUGGCCCACGGAGUGCCUGUGUAUCGAACCAACCAGUGUGCUGGAGAGUUUGUCAUCACCUUCCCCAGGGCUUACCACAGUGGCUUCAAUCAGGGGUUCAAUUUUGCUGAAGCUGUGAACUUCUGCACAGUCGAUUGGCUGCCUCUGGGCCGCCAGUGCGUGGAGCACUAUCGGCUGCUGCAUCGCUACUGCGUCUUCUCCCACGACGAGAUGAUCUGCAAGAUGGCUUCCAAGGCAGAGGUCCUGGACGUGGUGGUGGCAUCUACGGUUCAGAAGGACAUGGCCAUAAUGAUUGAGGAUGAGAAGAGGCUGCGUGAGAAGGUCGAUAAACUGGGGGUGGCUGACUCCGAGCGGGUAGCCUUCGAGCUGCUGCCCGACGACGAGCGCCAGUGCGUGAAGUGCAAGACCACCUGCUUCAUGUCUGCCGUCUACUGCCCCUGCAAGCCCGGGCUGCUGGUCUGCCUCUACCACGUGGAGGAUCUCUGCUCCUGUCCAACUCACAAAUACAAACUGGGGUACCGCUACACCCUGGAGGAGCUGUACCCCAUGAUGAACGCGCUGAGGAUGCGCGCAGAGUCCUACAACGAGUGGGCUGCCAACGUCAGCGAAGCGCUGGAGGCGAAGAUCAACAACAAAAAGAGUCUCAUCAGCUUUAAGGCUUUGAUAGAGGAGUCAGAGCUGAAGAAGUUUCCAGACAACGACCUGCUGCGGCACCUGCGGCUGGUCACGCAGGACGCGGACAAGUGCGCCUCGGUGGCACAGCAGCUCCUGAACGGCAAGAGACAAACCAGGUACCGCUCCGGAGGAGGGAAGUGCCAGAACCAGCUGACGGUGACGGAGCUGCGGCUGUUCGUCAGGCAGCUCUAUGCCCUGCCCUGUGUGCUCAGCCAGACCCCCCUGCUGAAGGACCUUCUGGAUCGCGUGGAAGCUUUUCAACAGCAAAGCCAGAAGCUGCUGUCCGAGGAGCUGCCCAGCGCCGCAGAGCUUCAGGACCUGCUGGACGUCAGCUUCGACUUCGACGUGGAGCUGCCGCAGCUGGGGGAGCUGCGGGAGCGGCUGGAGCAGGCUCGCUGGCUGGAGGAGGUGCAGCUGGCGUCCGCCGACCACAGCUCCCUCACGCUGGACGACAUGAGGCGGCUCAUAGACUCGGGGGUCGGACUGGCUCCCUACCCAGCAGUGGAGAAGGCGAUGGCGAAGCUGCAGGAGCUCCUCACUGUGUCUGAACACUGGGAUGACAAGGCCAGAAACCUGCUGAAGGCCAGGCCACGGCAGUCGCUGAGCAGCCUGGUGGCAGCCGUGAAGGAGCUGGAGGAGAUCCCAGCCUACCUCCCCAACGGCGUCGCGCUGAAGGACGCAGUCCAGAAGGCCAAAGACUGGCUGCAGGAGGUGGAGGCUCUGCAGGUUGGAGGGCGAGUGCCUGUGCUGGACACCCUUGCAGAGCUGGUGACCAGAGGCAGAUCCAUCCCUGUGCACCUGGACUACCUGCCCAGGCUGGAGGCCUUGGUGGCAGAAGUUCAAGCCUGGAAGGAGUGUGCAGCCAGCACCUUUCUGCGUGAGAACUCUGCUUACUCUCUGCUGGAGGUGCUGUGUCCUCGCUGUGACAUUGGGAUGCUGAACCUGAAGAGGAAGCAGAAGAAGCUGAAGGAGCCAGUUCCAGGUGGAAAGAAGAAGAGCACUAAGCUGGAGACUCUGAGUGAUCUGGAGCGAGCACUGUCGGAGAGCAAAGACACAGCUGCUGCGAUGGCCACGCUGGGCGAAGCUCGGCAGAAGGAGAUGGAGGCGCUGCGCUCCCUGCGAGCCGCCAACGAGGGCAAGGUGCUGGGCGGCGAGGAGGAGGCGGAGCUGAGGGUCUGCCUGUGCCAGAAGGAGCCCUCGGCCCCCAUGCUGCAGUGUGAGCUCUGCAGGGGCUUCUUCCACACCGCCUGCGUCCCGGCGCCCGCCCUGCUGCAGGGCCCCGGCGUGUGGCUGUGCCCCCAGUGCCACCGGUCGGAGAAGCCUCCCCUGGAGAAGAUCCUGCCCCUGCUGGCCUCCCUGCAGCGCAUCCGAGUGCGGCUGCCCGAGGGGGAUGCUCUGCGCUACAUGAUCGAGAGAACUGUCAGCUGGCAGCACAGGGCACAGCAGAUGUUGUACUCAGGGAACCUCAAACUCAUACAAGACAAACUGGGCUCAGGAUUGUUGUACAGCAGGUGGCAAGGCACAGCAGGGCAGCUGCCAGAGGCAAACAAGGUUUCCCAGACCAUUGGAGCAAUGUCCUUCUCCAUGCCCCACGACUGGGACAGCAGAGCCACCUGCCUGCACUCUCCGUUCUCGACAGGGCAGCUCUGCAUCCCACUUCACGGCAUUAGCACAGAGCUGGAUGAGCUGAUGAUGGAAGCUCAGCUGCUACAAGUUUCCCUGCCUGAAAUACAGGAGCUGUACCAGGUCCUGUUCACGAAGCCAAGCCCUGGUGCGCAGGCAGAGCAGAGGCCACCCGUGGGAGCCACCAGUGACAAGCAGAGCGAGUGCUGCCGAGGCAGGAAGGAUGGGAUGAGCUCCAUGGAGAGGAAGCUGAAGCGGCGCUUGGAGAGGGAGAGCUGCUGUGAGGAGAAGAGAGCCAGGGUGAAAAAAAUGAGAACCCCCAAGAAGAAGAAACUGAAACUGAGCCUCUCAAAGGAGCUCUGCAGUCACAAAAUGGAGCGGGAGCGGCUCCUGGAGAUGCAGCGCUGCAGUGACAGCCACCUGCUGGCCUCAGAUAUGUCCUUCUCUGAGCAGGAGGACUCUGAGGAUGAGGAUGCCAUCUGCCCUGCUGUGAACUGUCUCCAGCCUGAGGGAGAUGAGGUGGACUGGGUCCAGUGCGACGGCAGCUGCAACCAGUGGUUCCACCAGGUGUGUGUGGGCAUCUCUGCAGAGGCAGCAGAGAAGGAGGACUACAUCUGCACCAGCUGCUCGGGGAAGGACUCUCAGCACCGCAAGUGAAGCUGCCCGCGGAGCGCUCAGGACUGCAGCCGGGAAGGUGGUUAAAGGUCCCCAGUCGAGCCACAGGGGCUGGUUCCAGAACCAGGUUGCAAAUGGUGCUACUUCUAUCCUCAUGGGAUCAUUUUUCCAGAACUCAGAAACAAACAAAAAAAGAAACCCAACCCAAUUUUUGACACUUUUGUAUUUCCCCUUGGUCUGUUUGUGGUUGUGGAGGUUUGAGAUGCUGACUGUGGGGCAGGGGUUUGCAGCGCUGGGAAGGCAUCGGACACAGGCACCUUUUCUUGUACAGCAUUCAAUUACCUCUGGCAUUGACCCAGCCUAUUGAACUCAGCUUGGUGAGGUGCAAACAAGGAAACAAACCAAAACCCUGCACCACCAAUCUUUCCAAUAAAUCCUCUUUUGAGGACCUCCCUGUUUACUCUCUUAACUCUUUGGAGACUUUAGGGUUGUUUAUUUUUUUUUCCACUUUGUUUUUUGGGUUUGUUUUGUUUUGGGGUUUGUGUUUUGGUUUUGUUUUGGGUUUGUUUUUGGGGUUUUUUUUUGUAGACUUAGGUUUAUUUAUCUGAGCAAUAACUUCUAUGUCUGGUUUCAGUGACUGGAAUGACAACUCUCAAGAGCGUGUUUGCUUCUAGCAUUGGUUGGGUGUACAGAGAGCAAAUGUUAGAGCCUAGUGUCACUGAGGGCCCAGUGAUGUAGAAGACAGGAAGAAGAAAAAAAGUCUGUAAAGUAAUUAAUUGCCACAGCUGUAUUUUGGCUUUCUCCUUUUUUGGGUAGCUUGUAUCAAAUGUUGCAGUUUAUAUUGUGGAAUAAACCCCUGGUUACGUUAUAAAAUUAAAUGUUGUUGUUUUUA